AUGUCCACACCCCUGUUUUAUAGCCUAGUCAAUAUUUGUAGUCACUCCCAGAACAGCACAAAAGACUUCAGCAGUGACUGGAUUUCUCCCAAAUGUCCUUGGCUGGCAUUAACAGGAGAGUCCUGUGGCUCAUCUCUGAUUGAACAUCAAAGAAUUCAUACUGGGGAGAAACCAUAUAAAUGUACAGAUUGUGGAAAGUCUUUCAGUAAGAGAGCCCAUCUUACUCCACAUCAGAGAAUUCAUACUGGUGAAAAACCCUAUGAAUGCAAUGAAUGUGAAAAAGCCUUUCGAGAUAGCUCAUCUCUUAUUAACCAUCAGCGAAUUCAUACUGGAGAGAAGCCCUAUGAAUGUAAGGGAUGUAGGAAAGCCUUCAGCCGGAAAACAAACCUUACUGUUCACGAGCGAAUUCAUACUGGAGAGAGACCCUAUGAAUGCCAUGAAUGUGGGAAGACAUUCAGUCAGAGGUCUAGCCUUAUUCACCAUCAGGUAAUUCACCAUGGAGAGAAUGGCUACAAAUGCAAUGAAUGUGGAAAAGCCUUCAGUAUUGAAGCACACCUGAUUGAACACUGCUGA